UUUGUUUAUGAUGAGGGGGGAGAGCUGUCCAAAGAAGAUGAAGAUUGUUUUGUUGUGUUUUGAUACCCAAUGAAAUGAUUUGUCAUUUGUAUUUCAGAACAUCUUGGAAAAUGUAUACAAGUCAUGAAGAUAUUGGGUAUGAUUUCGAAGAUGACCCCAAAGAUAAGAAGACCCUCAAGCCCCACCCGGACAUCGACGGCGGCUGGGCCUGGAUGAUGGUCCUCGCCUCUUUCUUUGUGCACAUUCUCAUCAUGGGCUCGCAGAUGGCCCUGGGCGUCCUCAAUGUGGAGUGGCUGGAAGAGUUCCACCAGAGCCGCGGCCUCACCGCCUGGGUCAGCUCCCUCAGCAUGGGCAUCACCUUGAUUGUGGGGCCCUUCAUCGGCUUGUUCAUCAACACCUGCGGCUGCCGCCGCACGGCCAUCGUCGGGGGGCUGGUGAACUCGCUGGGCUGGGUGCUGAGCGCCUACGCCGCCAACGUGCACUGCCUCUUCCUCACCUUCGGAGUCACGGCCGGCUUCGGCAGCGGCAUGGCCUACCUGCCGGCCGUGGUCUCCGUGGGCAGGUGCUUCCAGCGGCGGCGCGCGCUGGCGCAGGGCCUCAGCACCACGGGCACGGGGUUCGGCGCCUUCCUCAUGACCGUCCUGCUCAAGUACCUGUGCGCCGAGUACGGCUGGCGCAACGCCAUGUUCAUCCAGGGCGCCGUCUCCUUGAACCUGUGCGUGUGCGGCGCGCUCAUGCGGCCCCUGGCUCCCGGGAAGGGCGCGCGGGGCGCUGCGGGGAGCGUGCUGCUGCUGCCGCUCGCGCGCUCCUACGCCCGCCUGGCGCUCGCCUGCGCCGCGCUCGGCUUCUCCAGCGGCCUCUUCUCGCUCAUGCCCGUGGUCACGGAGGACCUGGUGGGCAUGGAGCACCUGCCCAACGCCUACGGCAUCAUCAUCUGUGCCAACGGCAUCUCCGCGCUGCUGGGGCCGCCGUUUGCAGGGUGGAUCUAUGACGUCACACAAAAAUAUGAUUUUUCCUUCUAUAUAUGCGGUUUACUUUAUGUGGUAGGAAUCCUCUUUUUACUCAUUCAACCGUGUAUUCAAUUUAUAGAACAAUGCAGAAAGAAAUCCAGGGGAGGUGCGCAUGUGUAGUGUCACGUGAUGUUUCAUGCGCGAUUUCUUUGUGGUUCUCACGCCUACCUCGCCUGGUCGCUGUGAGAAGCCAAUGACAUAUGGUGGGAAAGCGCUCCGCAGGGUCCCCGGCACUGUCCCUUGUAAAUGCCACCGUCACUGCUUCACUCACGGCAGCACUGCCUUCUUGCGCCGGGAGCGACGCUGAGCGCCAAGGACCCCGCGUGUUUCAGAGGUGACAGCACCCUCCGGACACAGCCUGCUAGCAACUGGUAGAAAUGUCCUUACAAAAACCAUCCUCUCGCCAUCCACUGGGCAAGGGUUUUAGAUGCGGCUUUUUAAAACAAAGACAAGGAUUGGAAACGUCCCGGCCCCACUCCGGCAGACCUCGCUUUGUUGUGCUUCACUAUUGCUCUUCACAGACUGCGCGUUUUUUACAAAUCUGAGGCCAGACCCGCCACCAGCAGAAUGAUUGCGACUCAACGACUCGCUCUGUGGCCCCUCGCUUUGCUGCAGGGGCCUGGAACGGAGCUGCAGUAUCUCUGAGGUCUGCCUGGACUGUGUAAAGUGAAAAUAAAGUGUCUAAAGGCUUCUGAAAAGCUCACAGGUAAAUGGGUUCUAAGCACAAGACUAUGCCUAGGAUUCAGAAAUUCACUGUUUCAGGGAGCUAUCGAUUUCCCACUGUCAAAUAAAUACAGGCUCUAAUUUCGAAGGUAAUACAUGUAGUACAAUUACAGAAAACAUUUCUAUUUUUAUGAAGUAAUUCUGCAACUAGGGGGUACAGUUUCUCAAUCUUCUCCUAAGAAAAGCAUUAGCCAUCAAUCCUAAUUCAGUAGGAUCCAGUUAUAAACUGAAUCUUGAGACCAAACCUAGGUAACAAUUUCCUUAGCGAAAGUCGUAUUUGUACCCACAACUUCUGAAUCAAGGGCUAUGAUUCAAGCACUUUAAUUCAUACCAUCGGCCUCUUUGUUUAUGAGCACGAUCUGGGGCCUAUAAAAUUUUUCUUUUCUGAGUUUCUCAUGCCUGGUAAAUAAAAUUCGUAGAGAACUAAUUGCGGAUUGACAUGAGGUUGGUGGUUAAAUGAUUUGUAAAGUGAGUUACGGAUCCAGACUGUAGGACGGUGAGGCUAUAAACGGAAUGCCCUUGGGGUAGGUGUCUGUGCGCCUGGCCUGGGGGUAUUGGUAGCAAGGAGCCCUCUUGGGUACCUGAGCUGUGCACAGUUUAAAAAUAGUCCCUUGAUCUGUUCCAUACAGGAGACAACUGUGACCCAUGACAUCCAAUAAUUCUCUUCCUUUAUCCGAGAGCUCUAUUUUUCUAAGCCAAACAUUUUUCAGACUGCAGAAUGCUCUUCCCAGGAUCAUUUUGAAAUUUCUGGCUGCCUUACUUGUUUACACAUAUUUUAGAACUGUUUAAAUUUCUACUCACAAUUUGCUCUUCGCACACACAAAAAUCCUUUCAUAUCAUUGCCCAGUGUCGUAGGUCAAAUUUAUCUAAAGUGAGUGCAGACCACUCUCAGUUUUCCUUGGUAAUUAGAGGCAAGAACAGUACUAGUAAUUAGAAUCACAGAAUGGUAACCCCAAGCCUAAUUUUAGCCAGCGGUUUCCGUCUCAACUCCACAAAACCCUUCAGAGCUAUUAACAAGUAAUUGCAUAGACAAGUUUCCUUUUUGCUUUAUCUUCAUUAUUUCCUGCCCUAAUGCCUAGUGGGAGGGUUUGUGUAAUGAGAGGGAACCCGAAAAUAACAAUAAUAAUAAUAAAAGGCAGCUAAUGGAAAGAAGAAACAAGAGCAUGACUAAUAUACACACACAAUAUUACCUCCAACAAUGUGAGUGUGCAUGAGCGUAGGUAACAAAUCGCAUGGCACACUCAUUGGGUUCAACACGAUGACCUAUCCGAUACCAUUACAGCUUCGGCUGCUGUUAAAGAAUCCAGCUCUCUAUUUUGAUAAAGGUAAAUCUUAAAUGCUGAGGCAAUGCUCUCUCCCUCUAUAUAUUUACGAUGAAAUACGGAUGGUUAGAUGGAAAAACGUGUUUUAGAACUGACCCCAGGACUUCAUCACUUUCACAUUCCGAUAACGCCAAAUUGACAAGGGGCAGUGUUCGAGAUUCUGCAGGGCGCUCCGGCCAACGCGUCCUGACGCCCGGCUGCUGGUUGUGCGACCAUGAGUAUCCGUUUUCUGUCCAAUGACCGGCUUUAGUUUCAGGUCCACGUUAAACCUGCUCAUGUUCAGUUCGUACAGUUGUUUGUUGACUGAUUGUUUUUACAGAAGUGGUUUAUACCACAUCAGAAGGUCCCAGUUGACAAAAAUAGAGUAAAAUCUGACUGCAGUAUUCAUGCCAACAGACUAAUAGAGAAUGCUGUAAAGAACUAUAGCACAUAUAUUCUUUCCUGUUUAAAAUAUUAUUUGCAGUUCUCUGAAGAUAUUAUAGAAGGUUGUGUAUUUAUGUGCUUUGUAGUUUUCCCCUCAUGUAUCCAAGUAAUUUUUAUUUCCAUACAACUAAAUAAAUGUUGUCCUGUUUAAAGAUGGUAA